UCAUUUUAGUGCCGGGGAUGGCGGCAUACAGAGCCAGGUUGAAGGAGGUCGACGAUGUGCUCGACAAGGAGGAAAUCAACCUGACAGCGUUGAAAAGAGUUUGCUUUCAUGGCAUUCCUGACGAACAGGGACGACGCGCCCUUUGCUGGCGCCUCAUGCUUAAUUACCUUCCUGGAAAUAAAAGCACCUGGAGCCAGAUUUUGGCCAAAAAGCGUGAAUUGUACAAACAAUUUAUUGAUGAAAUGAUAGGAAUGCCUGGUCCUGAAAACCUGGACGACAACUCGGUUGUCGACGUCACCUUCGACGAUCACCCCCUCAGCCUAAAUCCAGACUCGGAGUGGCAGACCUACUUUAAGGACAACGAGGUUUUGCUGCAGAUUGACAAGGAUGUCAGGCGCCUCUGUCCUGAUAUUUCCUUCUUCCAACAACCAACUGAUUUUCCCUGCCAGGACGUUGUGAACAGCGGAGGGACUAAAAGGCUGCACAAGAGGGUCCAACACUCCUUCUUAAAUUCUGCUAAUGUUGAGAGAAAGGGAUUGGGAGUGACCAAGAUUGCCUUGGCUAAAAAGAAAGCGUCAGAAGACUACGCUCCCAUGGAAGAAGGGUCGGAAGCACACUGGGAGGUUGUGCAGCGAGUCUUAUUUUUGUACGCCAAACUUAAUCCAGGCCAGAGCUAUGUCCAAGGAAUGAAUGAGAUCAUAGGACCAAUUUACUACACCUUUGCCACAGAUCCAAAUUCAGAAUGGAGAGAAUUUGCUGAGGCCGACUGCUUCUUUUGCUUUACCAAUCUAAUGAGUGAGAUCCGUGACUUUUUCAUCAAGUCUUUGGACGACUCUGAAAGCGGAAUCAAAAAGCUAAUGGCCCGUCUCAGCACUGAGCUCAAAGUGCACGACCCUCCAGUUUUCCAACGCCUGCAGCAGCAAGAACUGCAGCCCCAGUACUACAGCUUCCGGUGGCUCACCCUCCUCCUCUCUCAAGAAUUUCCUCUGCCUGAUGUCCUCAGAAUUUGGGACUCGCUCUUUGCUGAUGAGAAGCGUUUUGGAUUUCUCAUUUUUAUUUGUUGUGCUAUGAUUGUUGUUCUACGAGAUCAGUUGCUGGCGAGCGACUUUCCCACAAACGUCAAAAUGCUUCAGAAUUUCCCUCCGAUGGACAUUCAAGUGGUGCUGUCGAAAGCUGCCGAGCUCUCCGGCCGUCGCUCCGAAGGUACAAUAAGAUGACCUCAGAACCAUUACCAGGUUGUUCCAUCCAAGGUGAAUGCUCACUGUACACCAAUAUAAAAAAAAUGUGCAAAUUUUCGCUAGCUCUCUUAAAUUGAAUCUCGUUUUGGUGCAAUUUUUGUCUACAAGUCGGCAUCAACGGAAAUGAUGCUAAUUUAUUUGUAUUCUCAAAUUUAUUCUGAAAUUAUUCAGUUUAAAAGAAAAUUUGUCACAAAUUUAUAAAAGUCUUUUUACAUAAUAGCAGCUUAUUUAAUUUUAGCAGGAGUGAAUUCAUUAAAUUUAAUCAAAACGAGUUGGUCCCUUACAUAGUGAGCCACUCAUUCAUUAUCAAAUAUCUUGAACUUGAUACAUUUUCUACCUUAUGUCAAAGCAAUUUAGAACCAUUAGAUAUAAAAAUAAAGACCAUGUCAUUAUUG